GCUCGCUUGGCAAAUCUAGAACAAGACAUUUACGCACAAAAUAAAUGCAAAGAAUUCAACAUCAAUUCUCCCAAGCAAGUUUCCGAAAUUCUCUUUGGAUAUAUUGGCGAGUCGACGAACAAGGACGUGCUGGACUCUAUGGCUGGAGGGGGCAACAGAAUGGCUAAAUUGAUCCUGGACCACCGCUCUGUGAAGCAGGGUAUUAAGAGGCUGAAACGCAAAGUACUAACUAAGGAAAGCGGAACUUUGGUCAAAAGUGUCAGCACGGUUGUUCGCCCGGUGACCGAUUCAAAGCCUCAAGAAAAGACGUCAGAUCCUUUGAUACUUGUAGACGCAUCUGCAUAUAUUUUUCGAGCAUAUUACUCAAUGCCUCCAAUUCAUCGCUCUGAUGGGAUGCCAACGGGGGCAGUUAUGGGGUUUUGCUCGAUGAUAAUGCGUUUGAUCCUCAAUCGGAUUGUGGAAGGUGAACGCCCGCGACUUGUCCUCGUUUUCGAUGCCAAGGGCAAGACGUUUCGACACAGCUUGUAUCCCGAGUAUAAGGGCAACCGGCCGGACGCUCCCGUGGAUCUGGUACCACAAUUUGCGCUAGUCCGCGAAGCUGCUAAGGCGUACGGUAUUCCGCAAAUCGAAGCUGCUACCUUUGAAGCGGACGACGUUAUAGCUACGUUGGCGACAAUGGCAAUCGAAGAAGGAAUCGAUACCAACAUUCUAUCGGGUGAUAAAGAUCUUUGGCAACUUAUUACAGACAGGGAAGAAAUUCCAAGUGUCCAUAUGAUUGAUCCCAUGACUAUGGGUCGAAUCACCUACGACGAAGUUGUGGAGAAGUGGGGAUGUGGUCCUCGGCUACUUGGCGACAUUUUAGCCCUGGCCGGGGAUUCAGCCGACAACGUCCCUGGAGUUCCGGGUAUCGGUCCGAAAAUUGCAGCCUUGUUGAUCGAAGAAUUCGGUUCGUUGGAGAAGCUCCUAGCCAAUGUUGACACCGUAAAACAAAGAGCUCGCCGAGAAAAACUAAAAGCAAAUGAACAACAGGCUCGGUUGUCUCGGGUACUUGUCGAUCUUCGUAGAGACGUGCCUAUGGAUAGGAUGACAUUUCCGCAAGGGAUUGCGAAGGUUUCAGACCUCCAAAUGGCCGAGUUUGAUAGCAACCGUAUCUUGGCGUUUUACGAUGCGAUGGGCUUUCGAGAUCUCAAGCGUCGCUUCGAGAAUCGUUUGAAUCAAAGUACAACAAAGCGAGGCAACGCAAAGUCUUCCCGUCCACCGAAAACAACAAUUCCAACGCCCGACGACUAUGCUGACGUUCCUUUUUAGAGAAACCGGAUCGUUUAAAUCUAACGCUUGCUUAUUGGACGG